CGCCCCAAAUAGAUCCAGCCCUAGCACAAAAUCAGAACCCUACACCAGAUCUAGACCACAUCCAAAGUACCCAGCAUACCGAGCCAACUAUUCAACUACCACUGAACUCACCCGGACUUACAGCCAAGCACUCUGAUUUUAAUUAUCCACAAAGAAGAUUCCUAUUCCCAAACCCUUAA